AUGACAAAAUCAACCGUAAACCCCCUAACACCCCUCCAACUCCAAACCGCCGCCGGAAAAGCCCUAACCCUCCAAACAACCGCGCAAACAAUCCACAAAAAACGCCCUUUCACAGCCCUCCUUCUAGCCCCGGACAACGAAACAGUCCUAGCGACCUCAAACUCGCUCUCGCACGUGCGGCACGCAGAAAGCGAACUCGCGCGCAACGCAGCAGAUAACUUCGACUGGGCGUAUCUGGCGCGCUGUACGCUGGUUUCGACAUGGGAGCCGUGCGCGAUGUGUGCGGGUGCAAUUUACUGGGCGCAUAUUGGUCGCGUUGUUUAUCUUGCUUCUGAGGCGGCGUUGAGGGCGGUUGUUGGGGAGGGAAAUGAGGAGAAUCUUACACUUGAUUUGCCUUGUCGCGAGGUUUUUGGAAAGGGGCAGUUUGUUGUUGAGGUUUUGGGGCCCAUUACGGAGGGGGAGGACGGGGGUUGGGAGGGGAGGGUUGUUAGGGAUAGUUUGAGGUAUUGGGGGAGGGAAGGGGGUGGUGUUCAUGUGGAUGGAGAGGGAGAUGGUUGUUAA